GCGGUGCAGAGAACACCCAACGUGUCAUUCAAUCGGCGCUGAGCGCUCAAGAUCUCUAGUAACUCCUCGCAGUGGACCGGUUCGAUCAGACUAUCACAGCCUACCGCUGCUUACAUUUAAAUCCCCGGCAAUGGACAACAUUAAAGACGGGUGGUUCACCGAAACAUGCACUUUGUGGCCUGGUCAAGCGAUGAGUCUUCAGGUGGAGGAAGUGUUGUAUCACAAAAAAUCCAAAUUCCAGGAUGUAAUGGUUUUUAAAAGUAAAACCUAUGGAAAUGUGCUGGUUUUGGAUGGAGUCAUCCAGUGCACAGAACGAGAUGAAUUUUCUUAUCAAGAAAUGAUUGCCAAUCUACCUCUCUGCUGCCAUCCUUGCCCAAAGAAGGUUCUCAUCAUUGGUGGAGGAGACGGUGGUGUCCUGAGGGAGGUUGUCAAGCAUCCACUGGUGGAAUCUGUUGUUCAGUGUGAAAUUGAUGAGGAUGUAAUAAAUGUCUCCAAGAAAUACCUCCCUGGAAUGGCAAAAGGCUUCUUCAGCCCCAAACUCACUCUGCAUGUGGGUGAUGGCUUUGAAUUUAUGAAAAAGAAUCAGGAUGCUUUUGAUGUCAUCAUCACAGACUCAUCAGACCCUGUCGGUCCAGCUGAAAGCUUGUUCAAAGAGUCUUACUAUCAACUCAUGAAAACGGCACUUUGUGAGGGAGGAAUUCUCUGUUGUCAAGGAGAGUGUCAGUGGUUGCAUUUGGAGCUAAUCAAGGAAAUGCGGACCUUCUGUAAGACCCUCUUUCCUGUAGUAGACUAUGCAUACUGCACCAUUCCAACAUAUCCAAGUGGACAAAUCGGCUUCAUGCUUUGCAGUAAAAAUCCAAAAACAAAUUUCCGUGAGCCAUUACGAGAACUACAAAGAGAUGAAAUCGAGAGCAUGAACCUCAAAUAUUACAAUCCUGAAAUCCACCGCGCUGCAUUCAUCCUCCCAGAAUUUGCCAGAAAGGUACUAAGUGAAGCGUAAAUGGCUUCAUGGGUGCCACCUUGUCAACACACUGCCUUCUGUGAAAGCAGAACAAAAUCCUCACCACAGCUGCAGUAGCUCCCACACCUCAUCCCUCUCCGGCUUUUAAUUGGUUAAUGGACGAGUGCAAAUGCCUUCUGUAGGGAAAUUCUGUUUAUCUGUCCAGUUCCAUCAGUGCUUCUGUCAAGUCUUAUGAGUUGUUUUUUCGUUUCCUUCUACAAUUCCACUUCCCACAUCAAACUUUCAGAACUGUACAAACAGACAAUCAUGCAUGUUGUGUGACCGAUUCCACAGUCUUUCUUUUACUCGUGUUGAGUAUGAAACAAGAGUGCAAUGCUAUAACUGUCUUGUUUGGUGUUACUUAAUUAAAUAAGCAUGCAGGUACUUUAAAUAAACUGCAUAUCUUCUUUAUAAACCCUUUACAAAAAGACUUCAGGUCAAUAACAAUUCAAUUUUAGAUUUUCUUAUCAUGCUGUAUUGGGUCAGUUUAUCAACAGUUCACUGUCAAACAUAAGGAAAAUCUAUUCAGUUUUGCUAUAAUUUCUAAAAUGGUUACUCUAAAGUCUACACAGAAAAUGCUUACAGUAACUAGAAAAACUGGAAGCUAUUUUCUGCAGUUUAUAUGUAACAUGAAUGGUUUGUGUUUUCCUUCUUAGCCUUUGAAGAUGGCAUAUGGGCUCUCUGUGGGUGACGUGCUCUGGCUCUUAUGAACAAGUCUCAUUACAUGAGGUUUUUUUUGUAGUGCUAAUAGUGUUUGGUAUGCAGCCUUUUUGAGUGAUAUGCUACAAUGUAUUGCAAAUGCACGAUCAUGUUGGACUCUGUAUGAUGGAACGAUUUUGAUGUGUCAUCAUUAGAAAAACUGUAAGACUCAAACACUGAGACAUUGCUCAAAAUAUAAUUAUGGAGGUAUAAUUUACGACAAAAUAGCAGUGUAUUUAAUGGAUAGCUAAAGAUCUUUUAAGGAUAGUUGCAUAGGACUAGAACUAUUUUGUACUCUUGUCAAGUUUAAUAGUAUGGAAGAGGGUUUACCUGUACUUUUACCAUUUAAUGUUUAUGAUGUAAAUUUCAUUUUGUGAAUUUCUUAAGUUGUUUUGAAAUAAAAAUUAUGUUAUCACAA